AUUUCAAAUUUCCCCGACUCCUGACGUCACACAAUGUUGGAAACUAUUUAGUUAUAAAAAUAAAAGUUACUAAACUCUUUUGACUGAACGUAUUCUUCGGAAGGAUUAGCUCUCCAUCUUCGUAAUUCCCAUUGCGUUAAUUAUUCGUAGACGAGCAUGGCACCACGUUACGAACUGGCGGUGGGCCUUCAUAAAGGCCACAAGACCACCAAAAUAAAGUCGGGAAAGACAAAGGGCGAAAAAAUAAGACCUGCAAGGUUGAAGGGGAUCCAGACAAAACAUACCAAGUUUAUCAGGGAUUUGGUACGCGAAGUGCUCGGUUACGCUCCAUACGAAAAGCGCGCCAUGGAAUUGUUGAAGGUGUCGAAGGAUAAAAGGGCGCUCAAGUUUCUCAAACGUCGUUUGGGCACACACAUCCGUGCCAAGAGGAAGCGCGAGGAGCUGUCUAACAUCUUGACGCAAUUACGUAAAGCGCAAGCCCAUGCGAAAUAAGUUUUCUGUAUGCUUAUUAAUAAACUGUAUCUUUAUUUUUA